UAUAUAUAUAUACAUAUAUAAAUUUUAUAUUUUUGAUAACAAUAUGAUUUGUAAUUAAACUAUAUAAAAUAUAAAUAUUUUUAAUUUGUAUUUUAAUUUCUCGAAACGGGAAUGCAAGUAGGACAAAAUGAUGUAUCUUCACUACUCGGAUAUGGUAAUGGUCAAGUGCGUAAUUUCGCUUAUUGUCAUCUGUCCAACUAGCUAAAUAACUUAUUUUGUGCAUGGUUACCUCAUUAAUUUUUGUUUUAUGGUUUUCCAGCCAAAUUGGCCUAUAUAAUAUAGUCCUUUAAAUAUUAAGAAAAUGUAAUUUAUAUUCAUAUACAAAACUGUAUAUCUCACUGAGUCUUAACACCUAACUGAACAAACUGCCUUCUCUUAGCAAUACAUGUUUCGACAGUUGUUAAUUUGCGUCUACUAUAAUUUAUAGUUUGUUUUAUAUACAUAUUUAAAUGUAAAACUUUUAACGAAAAAUAUUCUAUAAGUUUGUUUUAUAUACUUCUAUAGUUUUAAAGAUAUGCAAAUCUGACAAUGAAAAAAGCAAAAUAAUAAGUGUGGAUUCUUAAUAAAACAGCAGUUAGAACUCUCAAAGCUCAUGCAUGCCUUAAAACAUAUUUAAUUUUCUAAAUACUGAAUAUAAAUAUUUGGCCAAUACGUUGCAUGAUACGUUAAAUCAAAUACUAUGAAACAUGUGGUUCGCAAACGUACGUUUCACAAGUCACAUGUAAAAAAAAAAAUGUAUAGCAAAUAAACAUUGAUGCACCAAAUAAAUCAUAUUGUCGGAAGACGUAUAAUUGUCACCCAUCAUUGUUAAGGUUAGGAUAAGAACAAAAUAAAAAAUGCAUUAAUGAUUAACCAAUUAUGUCAUUUAUAUUAUCUUAAAUAUGUUUAUGAGUAGGAAGGCGUAGACAGAAGGAACAAAGAAACGAUGGAUCUUCCCACUUUCGUACCUUCUUCUCUUCUUCAACUUUGCACUCAUGCAUUUAACUUGUGGAAUGAGUAUGAGUGCAUAACUUUUUUUAUUUGAGUAUGAGUACGUAUAACUAACAGUGUAUUUAUUAUAUAUAUAUAAUAUUUAAUAAAUUGGACCAAACAAACCAAUGAGGUAUUAGUUAUGUGACAUUAUAAUUGUAUAUUAGUUCUAAGUAGUUUAGAAACACAUAUAGUAGGGUGGUAUUAUGGUAGAACUAGCUGUUAAUGUAUACACAAUUAAAUAAAUAACCAUGAGGGUCAAUGGGGUACAUUUUGUUUCAUGCAUUGCUGGCUUUGCCUGUUGCUCGAUAAUGCUCUUUUCAUGCAAUCUUUACAAUCAUAUUUUAAGUCAAGUCGCACUUAAUUGUACUCUCUUAUUCUUUUUUAAGUAAUCCUAUAUUUUUAAAUUCUAAGCUAGAUGAAUUAUUCACCAAAAGUUAGUUUUUAAUUAGUGAAUCUCGUAGAAACAUAUGAGUUGUUGAUAAAAAAAAAGCAAGAAGUCUCUAGUUCGACUUUAGUAUAUGAAUGGUAAGAUACAAAUUCUUGACAACAUUUAACCAACCAAACUGGUCAAAAUCUGUUAUGUACCACAAACCACACCUAAUGAUUAUUAACUGGUUUAGUUCAGUAUCCUUCCUCUGUGCCGAUGAACUAAUAGGUUACUUGAGCUAUAAAAGACUUAAGAAAAAUAUUGACAUUUAUCAAAUUAACCUACCUAUAUGUAAUAAUUAGUGAAUAGUCAAUGUUAACACCAACAAUACUGAAGGUAAACUUCUUAAAAUACUUUAUGGUGUUGGAUGAAAAAGAAAAAAGUACAUAUAGUUUCAAUCACCGUUGUAGUUGUUGAGAAGUUACUACAACUAAGAUUUCUUACAACUGCACAUAGCAUUUAUUAUUACUUUUACACUGUUUAAGAAAUCUCGAGAAUAACUAUACAUAAAAAUAUCGAAAAUGUAAAUUUGUAUACUCAAAUGUAUUUGAAGUAAGUGGGAGACAAUAUUUUGUAAAAUGUAUACCCAUUAAUAUUUGCGUGAUUCAACGGUACUCUCUUCAAUGCCUCACAUGAGUUUUGCACCCUCUCUUUCUAACACACAUUUUGUUUUCUUCUAUUUUCCUAUAUUUAUCCCAAAAAUUAUCCAAUGUAUCACGCAAAUUAAGGAGAACAGAAAAUAAUUUCCAAAAGACAAAAUGAUGAAGGUGUUGGUAAAUAAAGUUAAAAUGCACGUAAAUGAAAUGAUGUCUUUAUUUCACAACAAUGGGUUGAACAUCAGAUUUGGCUAUCUUCUAAUCUUUCUACUUUCAGUUUACAUCUCUGGAACUCUAGAAUAUUAAACCUUCAAGGACACUUCCAGAAACAUGCUCUUACAUUCUUCUAUACUAUUGAUCGACCAUAAGUUUUCUAGUAACAGUGAAAUUAUGUCUAGGAACUCCAUGAAAACUAUAUUGUAUAUUAACAUAAUUAUUUAUGCGAAAUGAGUUUAAGAGUGAUCAUGUGCUGAGACUAUAUAUUUAUUUGAUUCAGUCGACAUAGACAGCAUUUUCUUAAAAUUUAUUGUUUGUUGCUAGAUACACAUGAACUGAUGCUCCUCUAGUAUAUAUAGUUGUGCAAGUUGUUAUUAAUAAGAAGUUAACCAUCUAUUGUUUUUAUUUUAUUUUUGAAAAAACAUCGUCAUCUUCUAUUUUACGCACACAGAUAAAUUGAUUAUCGUAAUUUACAAAUAACAUGUUGACCGACAGAAUAUUAAUUACUAGAACGAUUAUAAACUGACUGCAAUUUUUUUACAAAAUGUCGGACGAAUUGUUUUAUAAACGUGAAAUAUUUAAAUUUGCAUACAUGUUUAUGUAUAAAAUGAUUGAAAAUAGUUUUAAAAUAAACAAUAAUAAUUUGAACACAACUAAUCAAAUAUAUCGUAAAAAUAAUUCAUAUUGAAUUAAGUCACAUAUUUAAUUUUCACAAACUAGUAACUCGUUUUGUAUAAAUGUAUAAAAGUACGAAUGCUUUAGUUAUUUCAUUUUACGUUUAUCAGAAAAUGAUGUAUAUGUAAUAAUAAUUUUACUAACUUUUGAUAAAUUAUUUGGACUAAAGAAGUAAAACAUACUUUAGCUGUUGCAAAUGUAAAAAAUAACUACGAAAAGGAAAAUAAUAAAAAAUACACACAUGACCUGACCCCACCAAGCCAGCCCUCUAUAUAUAAUUCCCUCCAACUCUUCGCCCUUUCCAUUAAUAGCUAACUCAAAAAAAGCUUUAAAAAAAAAAACUGAGCUCAAUGGGGAAGACGAAGCUCUCAUCUCUGUUCAGAGGCGGAGCGGGAAGAUUACUAACCGCUCCUCUCUGCUCCAAUGCCAAAACACUGUCGUUCCGAGUCGAAGACGACAUGAUCAAGACCGUUAACUCGGUCUUCUUCGAUGAUAUAUUAGAGGCCGCAACGCCCGAGUCAUGGUUCACGAACUCGUCCGAGACGGCGAGUCACUCAACCGAGUCGGACCAAGACCUCGACGCGGAAUCGCUUGAGACGGUCGUUAGAGGAGUGGUUAGAUCGGAGCGGCUGUUCUUCGACCCGGGAGCCACUAGCUCGAUCGUGGAAGAGACCAACGAGAAAUCGAUCGAGGAGAUCAGCGUCUCGGUGGCGAUGGAGUCGGAGGAUCCGUACGGCGAUUUCCGGCGAUCGAUGGAGGAGAUGGUGAGGAGCCACGGCGAGCUGGCUAAGGACUGGCGGAGCUUGGAGUCGAUGCUGGAGUGGUACUUGAGGAUGAACGAGAGGAGGAGCCGCGACGUGAUCAUCAGCGCUUUCGUUGAUCUCGUCUCCGGACUCUCUGAUUCGGUGUCGGACUCGGGUCGUUACUCCACCGCCGUGUCGUCUUUGCCGUCGUCGCCGUUAUGUUCGUUAUCGUCUAAAGGUGAGACGGAAACUGAAGAAGAAGAGAGACGGAGCCGUUAACUUUUUUUUGUUUGUUUGUGAUUUUAAUAUCAUUUUUAUCGGAUUGACUUUUUUGGAUUUUAUGUAAAAAGUAAUUUUAGUGGUUAGUGGAAAAUCAUAUAACUAUUCGUAGCAAAAUGUGGAGAUAUUAGAAAUGAAUAAUAUAUUUUUUUUAAGAUUUUAGUA